UGUUGCAGGAAACAAGGCAUAGGGAGUUAAUCGUUCACUUCGUGAGUUGUAGCUGAUGCAAAAUGUCGGCUCACAAAACAUUUAUUAUCAAGCGAAAGCUUGCUAAAAAACUGAAACAAAACAGGCCAAUUCCUCAGUGGGUUAGAAUGCGUACUGGCAACACAAUCCGGUACAAUGCUAAGAGGCGUCAUUGGAGAAGAACUAAAUUGAAGCUGUAAAUUUCUUGUAAUUUAUGUUUGCUUCAAUUUCCUUACUAUAUUUUAAUUACUGAUUCUUAAAUAAAUUCAACUUAAAUACCUAA